GUAGUUAAUAAAGCUUUAUUUGAACAAGAUGGCGGCGCCCAUCAGGAAAGAAUGAGCCGUGACUCAAUUGUGUUGGUACUGCAAAUCAUAGACACAUUUCUAAAAUACAGUAAUAAUGAAGAUAUAAUAUAUAUAUAGAGCGGGUGAUUGGUCAAUCUUAACGAAGUUAAUCUGAGGCACUGUCAAUAAAAAGGUGAACGGCGACAACAGUGCGGCACACAAGUGUGAGAUCUGAUCCCUACACCAGAGUAAUGCAGCAGGCACUGCAGAGGCUAGGACCAUGCUCCCUGUGCUGGGGGAGGCAGUGGGAAGUUUCAUGGAUGACACUCCGAGGACAGUGCAGAACUAUAUACAGCGAGACGGGAGUGUGGGAGAGAGACUACAAAGCAGAGACCAGGAGCAAGGUGGAGAAGUGGUGGCGUCCUCGCAUUAAAGAGCAGUGGCGCAAGGCUUCGGAAACAGAUAAAUCCCGGCCCAAGUUUUACAUGCUGUCGAUGUUCCCCUAUCCAUCAGGGAAGCUGCACAUGGGCCAUGUCCGAGUGUACACCAUCAGUGACACGAUUGCACACUUUCAAAGGAUGAGAGGAAAUCAGGUCCUGAAUCCGAUGGGGUGGGAUGCAUUUGGACUUCCAGCUGAAAACGCGGCAAUAGAACGUGGUUUGGAUCCAGAGGAAUGGACGAAAAGUAAUAUUGCACACAUGAAGGAACAGCUCAACAGUCUUGGUCUCUGCUUUAAUUGGGACAGGGAAAUAACAACUUGUCAGCCUGACUAUUAUAUAUGGACUCAGUACCUCUUUGUCAAGCUUUUUGAAGCUGGAUUGGCCUACCAGAAAGAGGCCCUGGUGAACUGGGACCCUGUGGAUCAGACCGUGCUGGCGGACGAGCAGGUGGACGAGAAUGGCUGCUCCUGGCGCUCCGGAGCCAAAGUAGAGCAGAAAUACCUCAAGCAGUGGUUCAUUAAAACCACAAACUAUGCAAAGCCUCUACUCGAUGCAUUGGCUGACCUUCCUGAGUGGUAUGGUGUGAAGGGGAUGCAAGCCAACUGGAUAGGGGAAUGCACUGGAUGCUUCUUCGACUUCCAUUUAAAGGUGAAUGGUAAGAUGGCAGGGGAGAAGCUGUCGGCGUACACCUUCACUCCUGAGGCUGUUUACGGAGCCACUCAUCUCUCCAUUCUUCCGAGUCACCGGUUACUGCAUGGGAAUAGCCCCCUGAAAGAGACCCUCCAAAAGGAUUUCGUAGCAGGGAAAGACUGCCUGACCUCAGUCAUCGCUGUAAAUCUUCUUACUGGACUGGAGAUCCCUGUUACCAUCUCAGCUAAACUGAAGUUUGAGGGUCAUCUGGAAACUACAAUAGGCAUUCCUAACACCAGCUCAGAUGACUCUGCUGUGGCCAGGAGCCUAGGCCUGGCCUGCCUGCAGGUUCUGGAAACCCUGCCCGAUGGGACAGAGAAGCUAGUUCACUCCGGAGAGUUCACAGGCCUUGACAGACGAGCAGCCUUCAAUGCCAUCACAGAGAAAGCCCGAGAGAACAACGUUGGUGGAUACCUCACAAGUUCCAAGUUGCGGGAUUGGCUGGUCUCCCGCCAGAGGUACUGGGGAACCCCGAUACCCAUAAUGCACUGCCAGUCCUGCGGCACCCUGCCCGUGCCUACCGAAGACCUGCCUGUCUUGUUGCCCAAGGCGGGGUCGUUUACUGGAAAGGGGGCUUCACCUUUAGCAGUGGCUUCACACUGGUUUACCUGUACCUGCCCCAAGUGUAGGGGCCCAGCUCGCAGGGAAACAGACACCAUGGAUACAUUUGUAGAUUCGGCCUGGUAUUACUUCAGAUACACAGAUCCUCACAAUACACAGAGGCCUUUCGACCGGGUCCUUGCAGAUCACUGGUUGCCUGUGGAUUUGUACAUCGGAGGGAAGGAGCAUGCUGUUAUGCAUUUAUACUAUGCACGAUUCUUUAGCCACUUCUGUAAAGAUCAGAACCUUGUGAAACAUCGAGAGCCUUUCCACAAGCUUCUUGUCCAGGGCCUCAUCAAGGGGCAGACCUUCAGGUCAGCAGAAAGUGGCCAGUUUCUGAAGAGGGAGGAGAUCGACUUCUCAGGUGCGGAGCCUGUCCAUGCAGACAGUAAGAAGGCACUGCAGAUGACCUGGGAGAAGAUGAGCAAGUCGAAACACAACGGGAUCGACCCGGAGGAGGUGGUGAAGCAGUACGGGAUAGACACAGUGCGCCUCUACAUCCUGUAUGCAGCGCCCCCUGAGCAGGACAUUCUCUGGGACGUCAAGACGGAUGCUAUCCCUGGAGUACUGAGAUGGCAGUCUAGACUCUGGACCUUGGUGAGCAAGCUCAUUGAUGCUCGGAAUUCUGGGAUACUUCCCAAUCAGGACCUGCUGAGCAAAAAGGAGAAGACUGAAGCAAAGAAAAUUUGGGAGAACAAAAACUAUGCUCUGUCUCAGGUAACAAGUCACUUCACAGAGGAUUUCCUGUUGAACGCGGCAAUCUCCCGCCUCAUGGGUCUCACCAACACACUCUCGCAAGCCUCCCAACGUGUUGUUCUUCACAGUCCCGAGUUUGAAGAGGCCCUGGCCACUCUCUGUGUGAUGGCUGCUCCCAUGGCUCCUCACCUGGCCUCCGAGUUAUGGAGAGGGCUGUCUCAGGUGCAGAACAAACAGGCAAGCUGCUGGCAAUGGGAUUGUGACGUGCUGCUUCAGCCAUGGCCCAGCGUGGACCCAGAGUAUCUACAACAGCCAGACACAGUGGAAGUGACUGUCAGGAUCAACAACAAAGCAUGUGGCUCAGUGAGUGUUCCCCAGCAGGUCGCCAGGAAUGCAGAGGAGGUCCGAGAACUGGUCCUGCGCAGCGAGCUGGGCACCACACACCUGCACAACAGGACCAUCAGGAAAGCCAUCUUGUCCCCCAGGACCGCCCUCAUCAACUUCCUAGUGGAGGAGUAAGGAUGGAGCUGCAAGCUGAAUGAUGGAGCAAGGCAUCAAUCAGGAGUGCCACGAGCUUUGCUUGUGCUGAAGCUGAUGGUGGAACCAUUAAGGAACCAUUAAGACUUCUAUUCUGUUUUUAAGCUGAUUGUAUAUCCUCCUGCAGUCCACAGAAGAGUUUUCAAAACAUGGCUUAGGAGGGGUUCAAAUAUUCCAUAAAUGUGACAGGACCUGAGGAAUACAAAGUGUGUAUGUGUGUCUGUAUGAUAGGUGGAUGUAUUUGAUAUUGACAAUGGUGUCUCAUAAAAAUGUAUGGCAGCUAUGAACUUUGUCAGGUAAUGUCCAUGUGACAGGAUAGUGUCACGGCCCAAGCUGUUACUGGCAGACAAGAAGCUGCAGUUUAGCACCGUUGCGCACUUUUAUUAACAUAAAAACAGGUACAAACAAAACAGGACACAAAGGCCAAAAUAAAGGUUUAAACAAAAUACACAAACGUAACAUAGGCUGGGCAUUCGCCUUCACUAUAAUUACCAGCACACAUCAAAACACAGCUCAAAACUCACCAAACUUUACCACACAAAAGAUUUUGCACCUUUAUAUACAGGUGCCCACUCCCCAAUUACCACUCAAUUACCUAAUUGGGGAAUGGCCACACCUGUGAUUGUUGGCAGGGACGGAAUUAACCCCAUCCCUGCCAACCAUACAUUCCCACACACACUAUUUACACAAGCAGGGCUUUUUCCUGCCACAGUCCACUUAUUGUCAUAUAAACUGAAUCAGGUGUGGAUAUAUUGCAGAGGAACCAAGUCUGCUAAUGGUAUGUUUGUCAGUACUAGCACCGCAAGUGAGGUGGUGCAGAAAUCCUUCCCAAACUGUGUUUUUAAUGGCUUUGCUGGUGGAGGAUCAACAAAUCCCAGACCAUCACUUACCACCUCCUACUGAGCCCACAGUGUCUAGGGUCCAGGGUGGAGUCCACCCCAAAAAUGAUGGCUCAGGUCCAGAGCCCCUUCUGUAUUUAGAGUGGUUUACCACAGGUUGAGCGUCAGUUCUUCACGGGGUGUUUCUUUCUAGAAAACUACCAGUAGCUUCAAAAGAUCCACUCAUUACAAAAACAAAUGUAUACUGUAGAAAGUGGUUCCAGGUUAAAGGGAUGAACUUUGAUGGGCCGAAUGGCAUUGGCCAAAAUUCCAGUACAUCUUAUCUUGUGUAUAAAUGUCAUCCUGUGCAUAGAACAGAAUAACAUUUGUUGUUAUUAGUAGUUGCUGAGUACAGUCUUUGUAUUUGUAAUUUGUAAUAAGUUAAUAUGUCGUGUAGGGUGUCUAUAAUAACAGAAAUAAUUAGCAGUCAGCUUUGCAGUCUCUCAAACGACACCAGAUAACACACAAUGUAUUAUAGAAAAAAAAAAUACAUACACAACAGUAGGAGUAUACAGACUUAUUUCACUUGUGAAACACAUAUCUUUACAAAAAAAAAAAAAAAUGUUUUUACAAAUUAUCGCACACAUUAUCACACAUUGACCUUGUGGUGUUUACAUGCCCAUUUAUAAUCUACAUGAAACAGCAGAACAAAUGACAGAACCAGAGAGGCCCUCAAUCCAGAAUACUCAAAAUAGAGAAGAUGCUUAACCGCAUCACAGUGGACAGCCUGCUUGAAAUGGGGGAAGCCUUCACUGCUAAUAGGAAAGGCAAGCAAAACAGGGUGGAGGCUGGGCAUGAACUGGUGACCCUGCAGAACACAAGUAAGCAUCUUAACCACUGUGCAAAAGACCUGGGUUCCUCUGCAUUGGUGGUUAUAGAGCUUUGACCCGCAUCUCAUCUCACCGACAGGGAGCAGAAUCUGUAACGGCAGUGCAUCACACAACACUGGCUGUUCCACAAGCACCUGUUUUUACUAUCAAAAGGACACCUUCCUGCAUUCUGUUGUAACGAUAAACCCUCUUCUAGUUACGAAAAUAAGAGUAGUCAAAACAACACACAUUAAAGGAGAAAAACAAGCAAACAAGCAAGUUCUUUAUUUUUUAUUGUGGACAACCGUAUCUCUGGGACGAGAGCAACAAAUUUAAAUUAACUAUAGUGUGCAAAAACAAAUGCAUCUAGAAAACAAGUUUUGAGACAGCAAAUUAACGAAUUCCCAAGUCAUUUUUAAGGUUCUCGUAAAUUAAUUUGUUGUUUUUUUUUCCCUGUGAGCUAAAACAUACAUUUGUGUUGCUGUUAAAACAGUAUUUUUUUCACACAUGAGUUGUUGUCUAUAAUGCAUGUACUGUGGGUCAACAAGUGGCAGACCAGGUGGAUAUACAGUGAUGCAAUAAAUCACUUUGCCGUUUAGAGGAAAUUAUUCGCAGGGUCUUAGUUACAGAAACAUCACUUUGAAUGAUUCUGAUCAGGGGCAUGAAACUGCAUCUGACUGAGUAGAUGGAGCUAAGCCUGGUUGCUCAAACUCCUUCUAAUGUAUUAUACUUAAAGGGUAAGUAGCUUCAAAUGGCAUUUUAUUGCUGUUGUUACAUUUCCUUUUAUUGCAUGAUGUUUGCAAUCAUUCUGAGUAGUUCUGGGUUACAAUUUUCCGGCAGGUUUUGAGCAAAAUGAUAAUGAUAAACAGAGGAACAGAACCCAGAACUAUUUAGCUUCACAAAACAGUAAAGGAAAAGUAGAAAUAAAAAAUGAAUUAAAAUGGGUAUAAAAAGGAUUUAAAAUACACUUUAUGGAGAUGAGUUCUGAAAUCGAGGACAAGAUGGACUCUCAGUUUACAAUGUGUUAUUAAUUUAGCAGAGAGCAGCACCCUAUUGAUGCUUCCCUGUGUUAUGAAAUGCCUAGGGUGGGAUUCAAAUUACAGGCUCUGACUCACUGUUUCAUUUAUUUUUUCUUGUGCAUUUAUUUAAAGCACAUAGAAGCAACAGCUGCUCUUUAUGGAAACAGUAAUUUAGAGAUUUUUAUUCCUACAGGGAGUUUUAAAAUAAAUGACCAUAAAAAAAUUAAGGAUUUAAUAAUAUAGAACUGCAGUACGUACUGGAAACGAUUUACCCCUCUUCACGUGGUCUGUGAUCACAAGUGUUUUUAUGCUGUAGUUUACUGAUAUACAACAUAUGAAUCUUUGUGUGUGUUAUUUGUAUGUAAAUGUCGAAACUUUGUUAGUAAGAAUAGCUUUGAUGUUAUUUAAGUAUUGAAGCUCUGUCUGGUGAGCGCCAGUAUACCACCUGCACGCUGGCGCUCACCGAACGUGGAUCUCCAGGGCAGGGCAGGGCAAGAGACGUGACGCAGACCAGGGUGUUGUGUUUCCCAGCUCAGCAACUUAACCACUGUGCAAAACAGCCAGGAUUAUUAAAGAGUGGAAGCAUUGCCCAGAGCGAACAACCUUACUGCCACUGUGAGUGCUCAAAAUAUCGUAAUAAAACACUUGCCUUCUAGAGGAGCGUAUUCCCAAAGGCCAGCAGUUACAGGGGCUUUGUCUCUUCCUGUGAGUGUAUUCUUCAUUUCAUUCUGACCAGGGCCAUGAAACCCCCUGACUGUGUGGAUGGAAGCAAUGCUGAGAGUACAGCAUGUAAGUUUGAUGUCAAUCAUACGUUAUGACCCAUUUUAUCAGCACAAUUCUCCAGUAAGGACCUGGGAGGCUCAUGUUUAAUAGCUAAUCAAAGAUUUACAAGACUAGAUCACUACAGGUCUUUUUCAUUCGCAAUAAGCAAAGUAGACACAUGUCCCUUACUUUAGGUCCUUAUUGGAGAUUUGUGCCAAGUCGUAACAUAUGAUUGACAUCCAACUCGAUAUUAUUUACUUCCACCCACUCAGUGAAGCAGUGUUCAUGCAGCUGAUCGAAAACAAUACAUUUUAAGUUCUCACAGUGAGUGCUUAAGCCUGUGAAACUUGUUGCACAAUUGACUGUUUUUCAGUGAUGAACCCCAGUCAGCUCAAAACAAAUACAUUCCUCUAAAAGGUGAGAGAUCUAUUACAGUAUUCCCUGUUCUGUGCUUAAAUAAAUAAAAACAGCAAAUUCCCAGUAAGUCCAAUCCAUCUUAUUUGACUAAGGUUUUUUCGUGGCACAGAAAAUAAUUAAUUGACACAAGCACUGAUCGCCACAAAAAACUGAAAGGAUAUAUUUUGUAAUUAGAAAAAAAUGAUCUCAAAUUGGUAAUAUGUACUUUUGACUCUUUAUAACAGUUUAAGAAUAUACUGUUACUUGUACAGUACAAUCAACUUCUCAGUUAAAAAAAUUGCCAUACUAAAUUCAAACGUUAUGUAUAUGUUGCUUUUUUUAUGGGCUUUUUUUAAAUUUCUUUGCUGUCGCCUUCAUUAUUUAAAUUCUCAUUGCAUAAGGACAUCUCUACAAAUGUUAAUCUCAGUUCUUCCUACUGUAUACAUAAUUAAUUAAUACAAUAAUAUGUAUUAAUUAAUUCAUUAAUUAAUUCAUUCAUUCAUUCAUUCAUUUAUUAAUUAAAUACUAUAUGUCCCUUCUCUUCCUGGAUCAUUAUACACCACGAGUAUAGUUUAAGGUGAAAUUACUCUGUUUAAGAAUGACGAAAAUAAAUAAUGUUUUUUUUCAUGCUG